UUGCUGGCACUUCUAUAACUCCCAACGUGUAUUAUUUUUUGGCUCCGUUGUCAUUCUUAGGUUAGUUCCCUCCCACAAUAAAACUUGUCACUUAUGACCCUUUCUUCGCUUCACUAUUCAUAUAUUACCAAUUUACCACAUAAUCACAAUUAACAAACCACAAAAACAGUACUCCAAAUGGAAACACAAAACCUCAAGCAAAGGACUACUAGAGAUGAACCUCCAACCACCACCAACACCACCGUCGUGGAUAACACCUCGCGACGGAACGGCGACGACGACAAAAGCGACAAAGGGGCAAGGCAAAAGAGGAUCACUAUGGCCAAACGUGGUCUUAAGUCCCUUGGUGUAGCAGUGUCAAUACCAAUAAUUUUCACCCUUACCAACAUCUAUAUGUUUGGCACAAGUGACACUUACAAGUUGUCAAACCGGCCAAAUUGGGUACCUCCAAUAUGGGCUUUGCAUAUGACUUGUUUGGGCUCUGCUUUUCUAUUGGGCCUCUGCGGAUGGAUUGUUUGGGCUGAAGGUGGGUUCCAUAAAAAGCCCAAUGCACUUGGAUUGUAUUUGGGCCAGUUUGGGUUGAGUCUCCUUUGGGACCCCAUUGUGUUCAAGAUGGGUGCUAACUGGGCUGGGCUGCUAGUUGCAGUUGGACUUUGUUGGGCUUUGUUUCGUUGUUAUAAGGUGUUUAAACAAGUGAAUGAAAUGGCCGCAGAUUUAGUUUUGCCUUGUUUGGGUUGGGCUGGUCUUCUUGCUUUUGUAAAUCUCAAGUUUUUGUUGGCCUAAAAUCUUUGUUGGAGUUAACAGUUAAGAUAAUGGGAUAUGAAUAUACUACUAUGAUGUUUGAAUA